UUCACACACUAUGGCACAGCCGACACAUGGAACACAGGCCGAAGUCACUUGCCCUUCACAGACUUUUCGAAUCUCAUCAUCUGGAACAUCGCCGGCUUCGUCUAUCAUCAAAAUCAACACCCGACUGGAUCGCAGGACAGGACAAUACGUUAUCCCCUGGAAGGGCAUUCGACGAGUCUUUGAGAAUAUGCAAUAUGUCAAGCAAGGCGAUUCUGUGGUGUCCUUCGUGAGUGACGACGAAUUUGAAAGACUUUCACCGCCAAGAAUAACCCCCUGGCCUGAUGUGGUGCUCAACGUUGUGCUCAAGAACAAUCUCUACGAGUCUCUCCCGAAACAGCAAGCCGAACUACUAUCCCAUGUCUCGCAACAAGACACUGAGGUCGACAAUGGCGACAGCCAUCAACAGGCUUCAAACGACAGAUAUGGCCUGUAUUCGACUCUCCAACAUGCCCAAGCAUCGGGCAUCGAUCUAGGGUCUUUUGCAAACUAUUACCGAGCAAAUACGCGACCAGCGGAAAUAUCUUUCUCACAAUGUAGCCGCUGUCAAGUCGAAGGUCGAGACCAUGGACAUACCGAGGAUCAGGAACAUAAUAUGCCAAUACCUGGAUCGCAGAAACUUUAUGAAAUGCAUGUUGCUCAACUGGAGAUGGAAUCGUAUGAUGGUGCCUGA